UGAACACGACACCUACGUAUCGCAGUUUGACAAGAUGUCAGGGACGGAAAAGCCGAGAGUUGCGUUUCUGGGGCCAGAGGCAAGCUAUACACAUCAGGCGACUCUCGAUACGUUCUCGCCUGACACUUAUACUCUCGCACCACAAACCACCAUCGAGGAUGUCUUCGCCGCCGUACAGGAUGGCAGCGUUUAUCGCGGCGUUGUUCCCUUCGAGAACAGCACCAACGGCUCCGUGGUCUUCACCCUCGACCUCUUCGCGAAUUUGCACGGCAAGUAUGGCGACCUUCUCGUGUGCGGCGAAGCAUAUGUCAAUGUGAGCCACUGCCUGCUCGGUCUCGAUGCAACAAGUCCGCAGAACUACUCCAAGAUCACGAAACUGUACUCGCAUCCGCAAGCGUGGGGCCAAUGCAAAACCUUCUUGCAAAAGCACUUGAAACACGCUGAGCGCUUCGAUGUGUCCUCGACCUCACGCGCCGCACAGAUGGUCGCACAAUCUAAAGACUCGGGUGCAGCAGCCAUCAGCAGUAAAGUUGCAGGGACAUUAUUCAAGCUCUCUCUUCUUUCUGAAGGCAUCAACGACGUCAGCGGCAACCAGACACGUUUCCUGGUUUUGCGGCGAAAAGACAGCCCACAGACAUCCGCACCAUCCACACCACCAGCCACAGUCAAUAGUGAUGAAGAGAACUACAAGACACUACUCCUCUUCACGUUGCCUUAUACACCCUCGGAUCCCAACCCUGGCGCGCUGGCACAAUGUCUAUCGGUCUUCGGCAGGCAUAAGCUCAACUUGACAAGCAUCAACACGCGGCCUAGCGGCGUGGCAAAUUGGGAGUAUAUCUUUUUUAUCGAGUUCAAGGGACGAAAGGACGAUGAUGAGGGCGGGGCUGUGAAUGCAGCCUUCAAGGAGCUGGGCGGCGUGUGUGAAUGGUAUCGAUGGUUGGGAAGCUGGGAGAACAGGCUGCCAGCUCCAAGCUCGCAGAAGUGAUAGACCCCGAAUAGCUCACGACGAUACCAAUUGGAAGACCAAGACCCCUG